AUGAACCCCGGUCUGGCGACGUAUUUCCCCACUGACGACGACUGUUUCGCGUACUUUGAUCCAUCGCGACCGGAGUCAUUUGCGGCGGCUUUGCAACACUUAGCCGAGUUCCUCGAGCACGAAGGUCCCUUCGACGGAAUCCUGGCCUUUUCCCAGGGCGCCCAGGUGGCCGCUGCUCUGCUGGCUCAACUCCAGGCCCACCGCCCCACCGGCUACCCCGUACGGUGUGCGAUCUUCCUCUCGGCCGCCACACCCGAGGGCGCCCCCAUUAUGGGCCCUCCGACCAACGAUGCUCCGGUCAGCACCGAAGUUGAGGUUCCAUUGCAGCUCCCCACCGCGCACAUCUGGGGCGAGACUGAUAGCCACUCGGACACUAGUCGUAUGUUAUGCACGAUGUGUCGGCCGGAGUGGUGCUCCCCGUUUGUGCAUUCCGGAGGACACGAGGUGCCGGGUGGGAGCUCAAAAGGCUCUUUGAAAGGGUCCGUGAAUGCGAUACGCAGGACGGUGGACUUUGCAGAGGGACUGCAGUAG